AUGCAGAGCCACCCUCCAUAUACCGUACACAGGUCACAAGCUGGGUUCCAGAGGAUUUGCAGGCGACAAGUCGGCCUGGAGCUGAUCUCGUACGCUAGAAUUGCGCCGCUGGAUGGCACAUACGGCGGCCCAGAGACAGAAUACCAGACACUUAUCAAACAAUUCAACAUACCAGAUGAGUUUGUAUGGGAGCGCGAAACGAGCGUCACCCACUCGUUUGGGCGCCAAUCCGACGAAGAUGGCCGGGACGUGUUGUGGAUGCACUUCCUCGGCGCCGUUCCGAGCAUGGAUUCCUUGGACCGACAACCGGAAUGGUUAAAAUCUGGAUUCAUCCUUACCUGGUUGCCCAGAACAGCCCAAGCUCGACGACCUCUUAACUCUUCUUCAGCUCCUCCGGAGGUAACACAGAUGACUUACACCGUUGGGCUGCUCCUCUUCAGCCCGCCCGUCGAAGCCCUCCAGAGGUUAGUAGAGUUUGUCAAGUCUCCCAGGUGGAGAACUGCGACGUUCGACCCCUAUGUUCUGGUUGACAUUGCCCUGGUUGCCUGGUAUCACCGUAUCGACAAGGUCGCGUGGGAUGUAACAAACCUGAUCCGCGCCGAGGAGGAGGAUAUCUUUCAGCGCGCGCGAAAGCUCAAGUCGACGGCCGAGUCUGUUGUCACGGACCUCGACCUUCAUCGUAUCCACACAAGCGCAAAGAACGCCAUCUUCACGAUCGAGGCCUUGGAUGCCGCCAUCAGGCUGGUGGACUCGACUUUAUCAAAUCAUGAACUCUUUGGACAAUCGCAAAGGGGCGAUAGGUUAUGGGAGAACACCCAUCGGCUUUUGCAUCACCGCCGUGAGCUGUUUCACUCGACAAAGCUGAGGACUGUUAGUUGCCAGGCAAGGAUCAAAAACACUAUAGACCUGGCAUUCCACAUCAACACCGCCCACGACAGCCAAGUCAACCUCCACAACAGCCGGAGUGUGCGGCUGAUAUCCAUCGUCGGGCUGGUAUUCAUUCCCUUCACGGCCGUCACUUCCAUCUUCGGCACGCAGUUCUUCGACUAUGGAGAGCAGCACAUGGACGUCAACCCAGACUUCUGGAUCUUGUGGGUCAUUGCGCUCCCACUCACUCUUGUCAUCAUGACUGCCUGGCGCGCCAGUGAGCACGAUACCUUGCAGUGGCCGUCCUCACCUGCCCGGCUUUCCCUCGCACGCUGGCGGAAAGAUCGGGGAUGGAGUGAGAGGGACCGCGGGAGUGGCGCCACCUCCGGGGCGACCGAACUGCGGAAUGUCGGUUUGAGGAAUGUAUGA